AGGAGGCCGGACUGACGCCGCGGACCGGGUCGCAUCGAGCUUCAGAGGAAGUCACAAAGCCGCAAAUCUCCAGCUGAAGCACACUUUCAGCUCGACACCCCGCGUUUGGACUUUAUCUGACUGGAUGUUUUAAAUACUUUAUUUAUUCGGGGGGAUCUUUUAUUUUCAUUACUGUUUAUUCAGGAAAAAUGAUGCGGAUGCCGAAAGGCGUCUCUCCGGCGGUGGGUCUGCCCUGCUCCCAGCAGAAGAUGAAGGCUUUGUCCGCUGGAGGAGGAGGAGGAGGAGGAGGAGUGAAGACGGACUUCUUCAGCACCGGGCUGUCCAGCCCGCCCAUGCACACGGUACCGGCCGGAUACUUCACCCAGAUCUGCAACACCGCCGCGGCCGAACAAAGAGCCAACAGCCUGUACUCCACCCCCCACGGACCGGAGGCUAAACCCAUCAGAUCAUCCUCCGGGAGACUGCCGGCGAAAAGGAAGCUGGAUCUAGAAGACCCUCUUUAUCUGCCAGAUUUCCGCACCCCGAAAGGCAAAGGCAGCGUCGCAGUCCGGAUACCCAGCCCCAGAACUCCGAAGUCUCCGGGCGAGCGGACGCGCUACGACACCUCGCUGGGCCUGCUGACCAAGAAGUUCGUGGGUCUGAUCGCCGAGUCUCCGGACGGAGUUCUGGACCUGAACUGGGCCACGGAGGUCCUGGAGGUCCAGAAGAGACGCAUCUACGACAUCACCAACGUCCUGGAGGGCGUCCAGCUCAUCCGCAAGAAGUCCAAGAACAACAUCCAGUGGCUGGUUGGAGACGUAUUCGAAGGUGGCGCGAGCGGCGGGGAGAAGGGCCGCGCCCUGAGGAAGGAGCUGGGCGACCUGGAGAAGGCGGAGCGGUCCCUGGACGAACUCAUCCGCUCCAGCGGCUCGCAGCUCAAGCAGCUCAUCGAGCACAAAGACAGUCAGAGGCUGGGUUACGUGACGUAUCAGGACAUCCGCUCCAUCGCCAGCCUCCGCGACAAAACCGUCAUCGUGGUCAAAGCUCCCACCGAGACCAAGCUGGAGGUUCCCGACGCGGCGGGGGCGUCUCUUCAGAUCUAUUUAAAGAGUAAAAACGGCCCCAUCGAGGUGUACCUGUGUCCGGAGGAGGGCCUGGAAGAUGCCAGUCCUGUCAAGGGCGCCGUCAGCCCCAAGAAGGAGUUCCCUCAACCGCUCGGCCCGCCGCCUGCAGCGGCAGCCCAGCAGAGCUACAGCGUCAAGGAGGAGCCGGCUGACGCCUCCAUAUCUGAAGUCACGGCCGCCGCCGCCACUGCCUCGUCGUCUUCGGCCGUGACCUCCGGCUCCUCCCUGCUGGACGUGGAGGGUCUCCUGGGCCUCCCCCCGAGCCUGCUGCAGAUCACCGAGGACCAGCUCCCCGGCACGUCCUUCACCUCCGACCCCAGCACGCCCUUCGUCAGCUUCUCUCCGCCUCUGGACCACGAGGACUACCUGUGGAGCCUGGAGGACAGCGAGGGCGUCUCGGAUUUCUUCGACACGUACGACCUCGGGGACCUGCUGAAGAGCUGAGGUAUACAGAUGAAGAGCGGGAGGAUUUGAUUGGAUGCCUUCUCGGUACAGGAGAUCAAUACACUAUGAAGCCAUGCCUGUUUUCAGCACAGGAUCCACUUCCUGUGAGAUUAAUUUACAUUUUGUAAAGUUGAUCAGACUCAUAAUGAGGGUAAAUAAGGAGUCAGUCGCCUCUUUCUCCUUUUGGAAAAACACUGAAAAAAAAAAAGAAUCUUUUGACGAUCUUCUGUAUUUUCUGCAACAAAUAAAGAUGAAACACUUCAAGGAAUCUCAGAAAACUGAGGUUCAUGUUCAAAUCACACCAUCUUUGGGUUUUUAGGGAGCGUUUCAAGCGACCCAACUCAGGAACCUUUUUUUCUCCCAAAGUCUGUGCCCAAAUGGUAGUGCCGGCGGUUGGCCUGUAGGGGGCAGCCUUGUAUAAUGCCAGCUUUAACUGCAGCUUUUUCAGGAUUCAAUCACUGGAGGAGGAGGAGGAGGUGAGAUAAAAGCCAUUGAGGAACUGAGCUGUGGAACUGUUUUCACCCCAGAUCAGGACGGAACUGUGUUCUGUCUGAAUCCUGGAGGCGCCUUAAACUCACCGGAGCUGCCACUCAGAGUUAACGACUAAUAAUGGCUAACUUUGUGAACACAUUCAAUCUUCGACUGAACAGGAGUGUUUUUCUCUCCUGUUGGUUUGGCAGCUUUUUUUUUUUAUUAUAUUAUUAUUCAAAUCCAGUUCUCUGUUGAUUAUAGUUCAAUAGUUGGGUUUAAAAAUGUGCUUUUUUUUUACAUAUAUAUUGUAUUUCUUAGGAAAUAGCCAAUUGUUAAAAUUGAAAUGCAACGUGUGUGUUGCAGCUGUGGUGAACGGGGUCAAUCGAUUUAAGUGAGGUUCAAUCGGAGGCGUGAUUUCCUCUGAUUUCAAAACGAAUUUAAUCUGCCGUUCUGACAGAAACAGUGAGGAUUUUAUGGAUUUAAUCUUCAGGUUUUAGGCCCAUCAGUGGGGUUUGUUUUUUUUAUUCCCCCCCACAUGGUGCAGCAUUUAAAAAUGUCAAAGACAUGAUCCUGAGGUCAGAGCCGCUCAAAUCUUUUAUUUUGUUAAAGUUUGGUUCCUUUUAAGCGUUCUAGAAAUUUGAAAAAGAAUUGAAUUUUAUGCUGAUCUGUUCCUGGGCUUUCCCUCUACGCUGCAGAGAUAAGCUAGCUGACCUGUCCUAACAAAACUUGAAAAUGUGUGUUUGCGUGUGUGUGUGUGUGUGAGACAGUUUGGGGACUCUGGUGCUGUGGUGCUGUUUGUGUGUGCGGUUUUACUUUGUAGAUUAGACAAUGUGAAAUAAGAUUUGU